AUGUCAACAAAAGCAAGACGAUAUGAUUUUGUUAAAGUACUUGGUGAAGGACAGUUUGCUGUUGUUUAUAAAGCAAAAGAUACAUUAACAAAUGAUGAGGUUGCCGUGAAAAAAAUUAAAAUUGGAAAUCGUCAAGAAGCCUCUGAUGGUAUAAAUCGAACAGCAUUGCGUGAAAUUAAAUUUCUUCAAGAAUUAAAACAUCCAAAUGUGAUCGAACUUCUGGAUACAUUUGGCGAACAUGGUUCAACAAAUCCGAGUAUUUGUCUUGUAUUUGAAUUUAUGGAAACAGAUCUGGAGGUAAAUAAACAAGUUGAAGACAUGAGACGGGUGGGGUGCUUUGGCGUCCCAUCAAACAGUUCAAAAAAAUAUUCCGUUUCGUCUCAUCUCGUAACAGCAGUGUCAGGUUUCGGAAAUCUUUGGAAAUUUCUAGACUUGUCAAAAUUCGAUCUAUUCAAGCAAUGAUACUGUUUAGAAAAUUAGAUUUGUCAGAAUUCAGCGACUAGUUGUUAUACUCUAGUUCCACUCAAUUCAGGUAGAACUGAACCAAGAACUGCUAUUCAUAGAAAGAAUACAAAUACUACCAUUCUAACAUAGAACUGAUGUGCUUCUGACAGACUCUGGUUCAAUUUUGCCAAGAUUCUAUGAAAAACGGGUUAGAAUUGGUGGAUACUCAUAAAAUAUGCAUUCGCUAAUAUCCAAAAAAGACACGAGCUACACGCUUCUCGACUCUCAAUGUUGGAUUACAUUUAUACUUAUCAAUUCAGAAAGAUAGAGACGUGUUUAUGUCUUUUUUGAGUGUUAGUAGAUGUUAGUAUAUUUUCCAAAUAUUCGAAUUAUAAAAGUAAAUCAAAAACUUUUCUUGGUCAUUAGUGUCGCUUUCGUAACGAGAGUUAGGUGCAUCUGUACAACUAUCAUCCAUUUCAAUGAACCGUGCAGGUGGAUGUUUCUGGAAUAACUUUUUAACAGCAAAAGAUAGCGAUCUGGAGUUUUCGCCAAUCGAAAGAGAACAGUUGGGGCAACAAACCUAUGUGAAAAUAAAAAUGUUUCAAAAUACUUUCCUAAUUAAUUAAAAUUAGAGAAAUUUUACAAAAUUCUAUUUUGGGGUGGAAAAUUUCUUUUAACGUUUUUCGCUGGGUUUGUGGAUCUCGAGAUCCUCUUCCGAAUGGUAUCUAAGCAAUCCUCAAAAUUUUGCUUCCUUGUCGAGUUAUAAGCGUUUCAAAAACGUUCCACUUUUUC